UGGGCCUGUUUUGCUCGGUCAUAGUCACAGGCCCUUGUGAAAGUGGUAAGGGCUGGUAGUUUAUACGUCUUUGGCCCUAGAUUUAGAGGGGGGCAUUAUUAUUAUUAUGGUCAUCAUUAUUAUUAAUCAAUCAUGUAAGUGUCUGAAGCGCCAUCCUACAACUACUAGAGGCCUUAGUAAUAGGGGGUGAUAGUCCCUAACCCUGUGCAGGACGUAAGUAAUGGAGCCGGCCGCCAGUCCGGAGACCGAAGACCCCGAAAGUGUCAGACUCAUCAAAGAAGCCUAUAAGAAGGCAUUUCAAUUUGUUAAUAAAGGACUGAACACCGAUGAACUGGGUCAGAAGGAAGAAGCAAAGCGUUACUACAAGCAAGGACUAGAACACCUCCACCGAGGAAUCAGCAUUCCCUCAGCGGGGUCCGAGCGCACUGGGCCUCAGUGGGACUCUGCUAGACAGAUGCAGCGGAAGAUGCAAGAGACCUUGCAGAAUGUCAACUCCAGGCUGGGCAUCCUGGACCAGAGUCCUUCGGCCCUUCCCGACACGAGCAGUGACCCUCAGGGGUUGCCCAAAUUAUAUCCAGCGUUGCCCCCUAAGCCAGAUAGACCCCCACUGCCUCAGUCUCUGAUUUCACCACCUCAGUCUCCGAAAGUAAAUGGAAAAAUUCCAACUACGAGUGUGGGGCCUGCCAGUCCUCCGUCUUCAGACGCUCCUUGUGGUCCAGGCGACGCACCGCCUGCUUAUACGCCCCAGGCUGCAGACGGACACUACACUGUGUCCUAUGGCACUGAUUCUGGGGAGGUUUCAUCUGUUGGAGAAGACUAUUACGCAAAUUCAGCUCAGCCCCCUCCUCUCGAGAGCCUAGGGGUAGAUGCGGAAGAGUUGAUUUUGAUUCCCAGUGGAGUACAGAUUUUCUUUGUGACUCCCGAAGGACAGGUCAGCGCACCUUCGUACCCCGGGUACCUGCGCAUUGUGAAGUUUUUGGACACCACCAGUGAAGCGGCCCAGUCUCGUCCUCCUGGAUUUCUUCAGGUUUGCGACUGGCUGUAUCCUCUCUUGCCCAACCAAUCUCCUGUCCUGAGUUGCAGUACCGGAGUCUACAUGUUCCCUGAUGCAAUGUCCCAGGUCCCAGGGUCAUAUGUUGGAGUGGUCCUAUCUUCAGAAUUACCAACAGCUGAUCGAGAGCUAUUUGAGGAUCUGUUGCAGCAGAUGUCUGACGUAAGAAUUCAGGCAGGUGAGAUCUGGGCACACAAAGAAGAUGCUCCCCAAAUCCCUAGAGGAGUAAGCAUUCCCUCUGGCCAGUUGGAAGAACAGUCUAGCAGUGGUCUGAGGAAUUUGGGUCCAACACUCAAGAGCAUUAAGGAUGGUCACCGAGUUGAAGGAGGUAGGAAAAAAGCUUUGGAGGCUUCAAGUGAUGGAAUCAAUCUGGGUGAGACUGUACUCUACCAACCAGAGCAUGAAGACAAAAAGCCGGAGCUACCCGAGUGGAGCGAGAAAGUGGCUCAUGGAAUUUUAUCAGGUGCAUCGUGGGUGAGUUGGGGUUUAGUCAAAGGAGCAGAAUAUACUGGAAAAGCAAUCCAGAAAGGCGCUUCCAAGCUGCGAGAACAUAUUCGACCUGAAGAAAAGCCAUUAGAAGUUAGUCCAACUGUUUCCAAGGGACUUCAUAUGGCAAAGCAGGCAACAGGAGGAGCCAUGAAAGUCAGCCAGCUCUUAGUUGAAGGUGUGUGUUCUGUAGCGAGUUGUGUUGGAAGAGAAUUAGCCCCACAUGUCAAGAAGCAUGGAAGCAAACUUGUUCCUGAGUCACUUAAGAAGGACAAAGAUGGGAAAUCCCCUUUGGAUGGUGCGAUGGUUGUAGCAGCAAGUGGUGUUCAAGGGUUUUCAACUGUGUGGCAGGGGCUAGAAUGUGCCGCUAAAUGUAUCGUUAAGAGCGUUUCUGAAGAAACUGUACACACGGUUAAACACAAGUACGGAGCGCAGGCUGGAAAUGCUACCGAUAAUGCAAUGAAUUCCGCCAUCAAUGUCGGUGUCACCGCUUUUAACAUUGACAACAUUGGUAUCAAAGCCAUGGUGAAGAAAACGGCCAAGCAGACGGGACAUGCUAUCUUGGAAGAAUAUAAGAUAGUAGAGAAGUCAGAGAAGAGUGCUGGAGAAGAAUCUGGGAUAGUUAGGAAGCCAGAGGGAAAAGACGAAGAGCCUAAAAUCAUUAAAAAGCCAGAAAAGAAAAACAAGUGACCCAUCUACUGUGAAUUACGCAUAGCCUUAAAAUAUGGAUGUAACUUAUCUAAAGUUGUGGAAUACUUCUACUCUAACCACUUAUAUUUUUAAAGUAUAAAAAUUUCUUCAAGUAUUACAUAAAAUUCAAAGUGCAAAGUCUGCUUAUAAGUAACUAAUUCCUACUUCUGUGAAGAUAAAGCACUUGGUUUCUAGAAAUUACACUGUAGCAAAGUUUUGGGUGUGUUAAAUUGAUGCUUCUAUUUUUCAGCUAACCUUUUUGUGAUUAUAAAAUUGAUAAAUUCAGUAAUAUAAAAUUACCCUGCACUCCACUUAAUGUGAAAAUAAUUCUUGUAACUUCUGUAUAGUACAAAGAAAUGUGAAAAAUAGUGAAUGCCUCUGAGGGACCUGGAGUUAAGGUUUUAAUCAAAUAGAUUGUCUUCUGAUUAGUUUGCUCUACUUAGAUUGGUUUUGAGUUUUAUUCUCAAAUAUUGAAAAGCCAAAGUCAUCACGAGGAUCAAAUACUGAAUGAGAAAAACCCAAAGUACCUCAAAACCAUAGAUGAGGUUACAGUUUCUCUUUGUGGCAAGUAGCAUUGUCUUUGUAUGGUUUGAAGUGACUACAAAGUGUAUUUUACACUUAAUGCUUAAAACGCUGGAUCAUUCUAAUCCAUUUAGGAAAAUUGUGGGCUCUGUUCAAAACUGAAGUGUCCUACCUUUUUACCUUCAAGUGUUCAGAAAGCAGUAUUUACCAAAAGACUUCAAGAGGCUAGUUGCAUUUCUUAAAUUGCUGUUUUUAUUUUAGGAACAUAAAAGGUAAAAUCAUAACUGGAAAAAUUUAUGGGGCUUUUUGCAACUCGCUGCUGGUGGAAAUAGGUAUGGAAUCCGAGAAGCCAAUAAUAACUGACUUCAAAUAACUAAACUCAAUCUUGAAAUCUGGGGAACAGUGAGUACGAUCACAGCUCUAACCAAAUGAUUUAUUAAAGCAAGGUUGUGACACAUCCAGCAUAUUAAGAUACAACAGUUACAAAAUAUAACAAUGGUUCCUUCAUCUUUGGUUACUGACUUAAAAGGUUGUCUCUGGGUUUCACAGCUGCUAUCCGUUCCAGUCUUGACUGAACCUAGGGGGUAGAUAGAAUGUUAUUUUGCAAAUAUUAGUUCACUUAAAUGGCCAAAGACUGCACUUUAACUGAAGAAAAUUACUGGUUUUGACAAAAAGCUUAACCUGUGUUCUUCUAAGAGUAACAUGUAUGCUAUUGGAAUAAUGUUGCAUUUCUCAUUAAAGGCCAAGUGACCGUAUAUAGUAAACAGAAAUUAAAGUGCCAAAUGAUACCUUCAUUUACCCUGCACGACUGGGGCACGGGAAGGGCCCUGGACAUAGGGGUGGGCAGGAUGAUGAUGAUGGUAUUUGUUAGGUGCUUACUAUAUGCCAGGCACGGUACUAAGCGCUGGGGUGGAUAAAAGCAAAUCAAGUU